AUGACUCCACUUCAGAGAGUACCAGAAACAAUCGCCGCCUGGAACGUUGCUGUUGAACAGCGUCGCUUGCAAGGCAAAACCAUUCACGGAGAAGGCCUUGGGCGAAUGGAUCGGAAAGGCGAACGCCAAAUUGGAGGCCGGCACAUGCUGGCAAACCAUCUCGGCGGACUUCCCAAGAAACAAAACCCCGGAGGAACUUUCGCGCUGGUGCGCCACUAUCAGGAUGAAGUGUGCAGCAGAGAGUUGGAGUUUAAACCCAACUGCCUCGACACGCCGGUCGCAAUGCGCACUCGUUCUCACACAACAUCAGGUCUGGAGUCUCAGUUUAGAAGCCUUUCGGUUGAGGACUCUCCAACCAGGUCCAGGUCAACCGGCCUCUCCACAAGCUUAGUCCCCAUGACUCCUCUAAACCAGAGCUCUGCGUACGCCCCUUCAUACGGGACUCCAGGUUACGGUGAUGAGGGAACCCCGUCUCCAUUGCAGAUCUUGUCUCCCGGCCCCGAGGAGCUGCACCACGUCAUGUACCCGCCGACUAAGGAUGAGCAAAUAGUCAACACCGCAUUGGUGCUUCUUCUCAAUGCGCUAGCCAUGUAUCAAAAUCUUAACGUUUCCUGGACGAUGCAUCGUAUCCCUCUGCGGGCCAUCUUUGACCCCUAUAGCUUCGAAGCAAGGACCGAUGGGUACCUUAGUGACGGCCAAGGGAAUUCUCAGGUGCUUAUUGAGGUGAAACCUGUGAGGAGAGAGGAUAAAUUAGCGCCAAUUCGCAUGCAGGAGAGCGCUCAGAUGGUGGCUUGGAUCAAGGCAUACGAAGAUGGUGUUCAAGGCCCACGCAAAAUGCGCUUUAUUAUUUCCCAAGUCCGACACGAGAUCUUCAUCACGCUUGCAGAGUACAAGACCGAGUAUGUUAACUAUCUACAGGGUGUGAGCGACGCGAGCGGCAACAUAUCACUAAUGGCGAUGCACGAAUACGGUCCGUGGGACACUCGCAGUGCGGCCCAUAUGUACGACUUGGGAUUGAUUCUGUUGGCGAUAUCCCUUCAGGCAGAUGCGGAGGUAUGGAGGUAA